UUUUGGAAUUGUGCGUAAACAGAAUAUUAUUCUCUCUCCUCCAUCGGAGUCGACGCUUCUUCGAUUCCCCUCUUCGUUUGGCCCACCGCGCGCCUCGAACCCUCCUCCUCUCCUCCUCCCCCGAUCCAAUCCCUAAUUUCGGCGGCGAAUCCCCGAUCGAUCCACGCGUUUCGAUCGAUCCCUCUCGCUUCCGAUCCCCUCCGAGGUGUUCGAUCUCGUUUGAUCUCCGAGUAUAGGCCACGGCGAUGCCGAGGAAUAGCCCUCCGAAGCAUCGCCAUGAUGGGACCUCGCCGCUGCCCCUGGGAAUGGAUUGGAGCCCUCCGCCGAAGCGAUGGGAUGGAAGAAACACUAUAUGGCCUCACAAUCCUCAAACAGGUUGGAGUUACUGUGUCAUGAUUCCGUCAUGGAUUGUCCAAACUGAACCUGGAGCAUCUCAUGACAGCUUCUUGAAUCCAAUAGUUUUUUACAGGAUUCAUAUUGGUAUACAAUCUCCAGAAGGGGUUAGCUCAAGCCAUGGAGUGCUUCGGCGAUUUAGUGACUUUUUGAAGUUAUAUUCUGCUCUUAAGAAGUCAUUUCCAAAGAAAGAGAUUCCACCUGCCCCGCCAAAGCAUUCUUUCUUGAGAAUAAAUUCCAGCCGGCUCCUCUUAGAAGAGAGACGUCACACUUUGGAGGAAUGGAUGGGGAAGCUACUUUCGGACAUUGACUUAUCUAGAAGUGCUCCUGUGGCAGCUUUCCUGGAACUAGAAGCUGCUGUAAGGUCAUUUUUCCAUGAUUGGAAUCAACAUCCUACUGAGACAAGCUCUUCAAGAAAUGCUUCAGCUGACUUUUCAACUGCUGCAUCCAAUUCUCUCUCAGUUGUAUCAGAUGUUGGUAGUGAUAAUUCAUAUGAAACAACUGAAGUCGGAACUCCAAGGAAAGGAAACAUUCAAUCCUCUGAAACUUCUGAAGUAACGCUCAAUGACAUUGGUGCACUUGGAGCAGUCAGUAAUGGUAUAAUGGAAGAACUAGUUUUGGACAAGCCAGACGAAUAUAUUAAUAGUAAUGUGCAUCACAUAAAUCUUCCUCUUGAGCGGGAUAAAUAUGUUGAAAAUAAUUCAAACUGGUCUUCUGCUCAUAAGGAGAGAUUAGAGUCCACAUCCGAACAGGACCAUGAUAAGUUUUCUCUUCAUGCUCGAAAAAACUCUUCUGAAAGUAUUGGAAGUGAUGCAAGUUCUAUAAGAGGGACCGAACUAUCGAUUCCUGGGUUUACCAACUCUAUUUGGGAUGGCUCUAUUGAUCUUCCUGGUGGUGCUGAAGCAUCAAAUUCUGCGGAAGCUCUUAUUGGUGUGAAUGACGAGCAAAUUAUCCUUCCGCUUGAUCAAAGGCAUAAAUUGAUUAGACUUCUGCUCACCAUGCAACGAAGAGUAGUGACUGCAAAAACAGACAUGGAGGAUCUCAUUGCUCGAUUGAAUCAAGAAAUGGCUGUGAAGGAGUACCUUUCUACCAAGGUCAAGGAUUUAGAGGUAGAAUUGGAAGUCACCAAGCAGAAAAGUAAAGAAACCCUAGAACAAGCCAUCUUGGUUGAAAGAGAAAGAGUUACGCAAAUGCAAUGGGAUAUGGAUGAACUUCGCAGGAAAUACUUGGAAAUGGAGUCAAACCUCAAGUUUGAACAAAAUGAAAAGACUCGUGUGGAAUCAGAAAAGACAACUGCUAGUGGUGAGAAGGAAAUGCUGCUGCAGGAGUUAGAUAAUAAACAAGAAGAAAUAAAGAGCUUGCAAAAGCAUCUUGAAGAAGUAGAGAUGAAAUCAAAAGCAGAUGUGAAAGUUCUUGUCAAGGAAGUGAAGUCUCUCAGGAACUCUCAAGCAGAGUUGAAGCAAGUGCUAAAUAGAAAUCUGAAAGAGAAGACUGAUUUAGAGAGAGUUCUUCAUAAUGAGAAACAAAGAUGGGAAGACGCAAAACUGGCCUGGAAGGAACUUCUGCGUGAGUGUAGAAAUCUUCGUGGUCGGCUACAGGAAUGUAGCACUAAUUUUCUUUCUGAAGAAGAUGGCAAAUUCACUAUCGAUUCUCAAUCAUUGCCUGAUGCAUUGGAUCUUCUGGCAACUUCAGAUAAUAGAAUAGGCCUCCUCCUUGCUGAGGCACAACUUAUAGCGCAGGACAAUGGAGAGAACAUUAGAAAAGCAGAUAAUACUGCAAAUAGUGCAUCGUCUGAAACUCUCGUGGAAACAUCUGGCGAAGAUCCAACUAUCGCAGAUGGCGAGAUGCGAAAACUACUUACCGAUAUAUUUAUAGACAACGCACUACUAAGGAAGCAGCUCAAUUCUGUCAUGAGGUGUGCCCUAAAUACUGUUAAUAAACCAGAGAAAGAAGAGAGCGAGGAAGCGCACUCCAGGAAAACUGUUCUCAACCGGUUCUUGGAGAGAUGAAGUGGCGUGGUGUAAAUUCUUUUCACGUGCUUGCUCUACAGUUUUGGGAGCCCCCAAAUAUCAGUCACGCGAAGAAUUUACCGUCCCUAAUCCAUUGUUAGGGCACACAAUACAUAUAUACGAAUGGAAGGAACGCCUUUUUUCGUGCGAAGUUGAGUUAAUAGUUCCCAGUUUUGUCUUAGAAUAAGUGAGUCGGUUUAACUUAUCUCGUCUACUGGUGCUCCCCACAAGCGUUACCGUGAGUGAUCUUGUAAUCAUUAAAAUGUACAACUCCGGACCUUCUGCUGCUUAUAAACUUGCAAUAGAGAAAGAAACCAGCUUAGAAUUUUCCCUUUUUGCAUCACAGACUCUUGUUGUAGCGCGACAAUGUAUUGAAAGAUCAUAUUGUGUAUAGCUGUUUUAUUCAUAAAAAAUGUUGAGGAUUUUCUUUGUUGAUUC